UUAACAAGAAGUGAUGGAGCUAUAUCUUUGCAAAACAAGCUUAUCUCUAGCAUUUUAAGACAUGAUUAUCUGGUUAAAGAUGUUAGUGAAGGAAUCAAAUUGAUAAAAGAGAGAGUAUGCAAGCACAAAGUUCUUGUCGUUCUUGAUGAUGUAGAUGAUAGGUUUGAAUUUGAUAAAAUUUUAGGGAAAAUAGGGGAUUUUUCUUUAGAUAGUAGAUUUAUUCUCACAACUAGGGACAAGAGAGUUUUUGAUUUUUUCAUAGGGUGUAAAUUGUAUGAAAUUGGAGAAAUGAGCCCUAAUUAUUCCCUCCAACUAUUUACCAAACAUGCUUUCGGAAGGGAUCAUCCACCGAAAGACUAUGCAACACUAACUGCAGAAAUCGUAAAAGUUGCAGCUGGGCUUCCUUUGGCUCUUAAGGUUACAGGAUCACUUUUAUUUCGUAGAGAGAGUAAGUUUUGGGAAGAAACUUUGAUACAGUUACAAUGCAUACCUUCUACUGGAGAUAGGGUGCAGGAGCGGUUGAAGAUAAGUUACAAUGACUUGAGUUACAAUGAAAAGCAAAUCUUUCUUGAUAUUGCUUGUUGUUUUAUUGGGAGGAACAAAGAGUUUCCUUGCCACAUGUGGAGCAGUUGCAAUUUUAGUUCAGAGAGUGGGAUUAACACUCUCAUUCUAAGAUCCUUGAUGAAACUUGAUGACAAAAAUCAAUUCUGGAUGCAUGAUCAUGUUCGAGAUCUUGGAAGAGCUAUUGUGAGAGAGGAGGACGUUAGAAAUCCAUACAAAUGCAGCAGGAUAUGGUCCAACGAAGUUGCAUUGGACUUGUUAAGAUACAAAAAGGGAAAUGACCGAGUGGAAAUUCUUAUGUUGGAUAUGUAUCAGAAAGACGUCGUGUUUACGGAUCAGAAUUUCAAGAAGCUAUCUGGUUUAAGGUAUCUUGAAGUGAGCCUAGGAAGAUUGACAGGCGAUUUCAGCAAGAUUCUUCCGAAUCUGCGCUGGCUUCGAAUGUCUGGAUGCAGAUCGAUCCACACUAAUUUCAACAUGAGGAAACUAGCCGUUCUUGAUUUGGGUCACUGUGAUCUGAAAGACAGCAAGAAGGGCUGGGAGGGACUGCGGGAAGCAAGAAGCGUGCGCAAUUGCGGCGCGCUGGAGAGAAUCCCCACUCUGGCGAACCUGAUCAAGCUGCGGAAGGUGAAAACCAUCGAUUGCAGGAAGUUGGAGGAGGUUACUACAGGGUUGGAAGGAUUGGUUUCACUGGAAGAGCUGGAGCUGUCAGGUUCCGUGUCGAUUCGGAAGCUGCCGUCGGCCCUGUCCGAGCUCGGGAAGCUCAAGUCCCUGAAUGUUGGCCUCUGCCCCAACUUGACCGACGCCACGGUGGUGGGAAAACUGGAAUCGCUGGGGGGAGCUGCAACUGUGGCAAUGCAGCUCGAUUCGGGAGCUGCCGAAUCUAUCCGGCCUCAAGAAGAACCUGAAUCGUCUGAAGAUCUCGGAAUGCACGGAGCUGACGACUGCGGUCGCGGGUAUCGGGAGCCUGGAGAAUCUGAAAGACGAUAUGAAUCGGACAUAUGAUAUCGCGGGUUGCAGAGCCAGAUCGCACGUGAAGGAAUCAAUGGAGCUACGUGUGAUCUAAAAGCGAGUGAGCAAGUUACUCAAGUGUUUGUGGAACAAUUUAUUUGAUGCAGAGCAGUUGAAGAUUUAAUGUGUAUAACAAAUUCGUUGUACUUGUUGCAAGUAAGAGCAGUCGAGCAGGUAGCUCACUUGAUCAACAAAAACCUUUGUCGUUGGUUUGAUUAUUGUGGUUAUUGUUUGUUGUUAGAUUAUCAAAGUACGGAUAUUAUCAAAGUUUUGUAGGAAUACAUGUAUUUAUUUCGAUCGAUCGCAAAAAACCUGUUAGGGAA